CAGAAACACACACACACACAACACAUUCUCCAUUUUUUUUCUCUUUGGACGGAUCGGUGUUCUUCAGUUCAGAUGGCCGGCGUUCUCGAAACUCUUACUGUUCCCCGUGCUUCCGUCCUUCCGUCGGCCUCUUUGUGUCCGAUCGUAUCUUCUCCUGUUUCGCGACUCUCUGGUCACCGGAACUUUGUAAACUUGCCGGAAUCGAGAGGUUUGAAAAUCCAGUCGUUCAGCUCUUCUGGAUCUGUGAUCUUGAGGUCUAAAUUUGGCCGCCGUGGAGCACGUAUUGCAUGUCAGGCUCAAGAAGCCGUCCAAGUCCUCCCUGUCACUGAUGCAACAUGGGAAUCACUUGUCAUGGAGUCUACUCUCCCGGUAAUGGUCGAAUUCUGGGCUCCAUGGUGCGGGCCUUGUCGCAUGAUCCACCCAGUCAUAGAUGAACUCGCAAAGGAAUACUCAGGGAAACUCAGUUGUUACAAGGUGAAUACGGAUGAGAGCCCUGCAAUAGCGAGCCGAUAUGGGAUAAGAAGCAUCCCAACUGUCAUUAUAUUCAAAGAUGGAGAGAAGAAAGAUGCAGUUAUUGGUGCAGUUCCUAGAUCAACACUGUGUACCUGCAUAGAGAAGUUCUUAUAGAGGUAUGAUCAUGUAUACACUAGAUUUGUUUCAUGUUGUCUAUCUUUUGAUAUCACAAGUACAUAUACUUUUGGUGCCAUCGAUAUUUUCCCGUAUAGUCGGAUUCUGAUGUAUUUGCUGAAGUACUAUGUCGAAUAUUGUUCUCCCCGAAUGUUAUGGAUGGGCAAAGUUUUCCC